AUGGGACAUCUGGAGUUAAUACUAGUAUUAACAUGGAUAACAGGUUGCUUUACCAUAGACAACAAUGCAAAUAGAUUUGACGUGACAGAGAGAGAUGCAGCGUUGGCCUCUUGUGAUUUCAACCAAAAUGAAGAACCGUUCUGCAACUUCCAACAAGACCCUGCAGAUAAUGGUGACUGGACGCAUCACAGUGGACCCACCCCAACCCCAGGCACUGGACCUGAUGGAGACUAUCCGGAUGGAACUGGCUAUUACAUAUAUCAUGAGGCUGACAACUCCGUAAAUGGACAGAAAAUACGUCUUCUCAGCCCAGUUAUUGCUAGCGGACCUUCUGAGAUCUGUGUACAAUUCUACUACUACAUGUACGGCUCUGACAGCAGUAACACCCUGACUGUGUUUGCCAAACGUCCCGGCUCUGAGGAACAAAUGUGGCAAAAAACUGGGAUACAGAGCCCUUCAUGGCUUGGAGCCUCUGUCACUGUGCCCAUACCAGCUGGACAGACUGCUCAGAUUAUGUUUCAAGCAAUGCGUGGGCUCUCCUCAUCAUGUGACACUGCCCUGGAUAACAUUGUCAUCACUGAGGGAGCCUGUGCUGGCUGUAUAGCUGGGUGUGAUUUUGAUGAUGAUGAAUGCGGCUGGACGAAUGUGGUACCUAAUGAUGACAUUUUUGGUUGGGAGUUAUGGACUGGACAGACAGAUACACCAGGCACUGGCCCUGAUGAUGACUUCUCCAAACCAGGAUUGGGUUCAUACCAGUUAAUGGACUCCAGCUUUAGCAUUGAAGGAGAAUCCGCUCAGCUCUGGAGCCCCUCUACCUCAGCCUCUGGUUGCCUACAGCUGGACUUCCAUUACUACAUGUAUGGCAGUGCCACCAACAUGGAGCUAAAUGUCCAUGCAGUCACCACCGGAGGAGCACUUGGAGCCCCUAUUUUCAGCCUCAAAGGAAAUCAAGGUCAGGGCUGGAAGCCUGCAAGCGUUCACUACAUUGGUUUAGAUGAUUCAGUGGAGUUUGUAAUUGUAGGUGUUUAUGGUGAAACAGACAAGACAGAUAUUGCAAUUGAUAGUGUCUGCAUUACUGCUUGUACAGCAACUCCAACACCUAAGCCAUCCCCACCCCAACCCACUACACCUAAACCAUCAACACCACAACCCACUUCACCUAAACCAACGACACCAGGUCCAUCAUCUCCUAAUCCAUCUACACCCCAACCCACUUCACCUAAACCAACGACACAAGGUCCAUCAUCACCUAAUCCAUCUACACCCCAACCCACUUCACCUAAACCAACGACACCAGGUCCAUCAUCCCCUAACCCAUCUACACCCCAACCCACUUCACCUAAACCAACGACACCAGGUCCAUCAUCUCCUAAUCCAUCUACACCCCAACCCACUUCACCUAAACCAACAACACCAGGUCCAUCAACUCCUAAACCAACAACACCUAAGCCAACUACUCCAGGACCAACACCACCAGUGAACUGCCCUCCAGACUCUGAGUACAUUGAUUGCGGCCCAGCAUGUAUUCCUACCUGCACAGAACCCUCCACCAACUGCUCUGGUUCUUGCAUCAGCGGCUGCUUCUGUAAACCAGGAUUUGUUUUCCGUGGCCGACGCUGUGUUCCUAUUGAGCAGUGUGGAUGUCUGGAUGAAGAAAACAAUUAUUUUGAGCCUGGUGAGAUCAUAUUUGGAGAUGGCUGUUCCAAGUUGUGUCGCUGUGCUGGCAACUACACUUUCGACUGUGUGGAUAACACCUGUGACCCUGUGACAGAAGAAUGUCGGGAGUUUGGUGGAGUGCACGGCUGCUACCCUAAAGGAACCUCCACCUGUAUUGCCUCUGGAGACCCCCAUUAUUUCGCUGCUUGCCAUCCAAAAGUCAACCCCAAUGGUUUCUUCCAAGACUGUCUGUUUGACGUUUGUGAGCUGGAUGGUGCUCAUUCUGCUUUGUGUGAAGCAAUAGAGUCAUACGUCAAUGAAUGUCAGGACCGUGGAGUUACAAUUGGACUCUGGAGAAACAGCACCUUCUGUCCUCUGAAAUGCCCACCCAACAGUCACUUUGAAUCAUGCGCACCAGUUUGCCAGCCUUCCUGCCGUCCAUUUCCACCAAGUCAGUGCAUCGGGCCUUGUUCUGAAGGAUGUGUUUGUGACCCUGGAUAUAUCCUCAGUGCUGGCCAGUGCGUGAAAGAAGAAACAUGUGGUUGCAGCUAUAAUGGAAAUUAUUAUAAGCCAGGUGAAGAGUUCUACACUAAGGACUGUGAAGUACUGUGUAAGUGCGACCCCCCAUUUGUUUCCUGUAAAGCUGCCGACUGCCCACCAAUGGAACAAUGUGGAGUACAGGGUGGUGUAAUUGGGUGUUAUCCACAAGAAUCUCAAGACUGUAUUAUCUCUGGUGAUCCUCAUUAUAACACCUUUGAUGGCAAAUACUACAGCUACAUGGGCACUUGCACCUACACUCUGGCCCGCACCUGCCAAAACAACACUGGCCCCUGGUUCUCCAUAGAGGGUAAGAAUGAAGAGAGAGGAGUUUCUGGUGUUUCUUACCUGAGGAAACUAUACGUGACUGUUGAUGGCAUCACUGUGACACUGAUGAAAAACAAGAGAACUCUGGUGAAUGGACUCAGGGUGUCUCUUCCUCACUCCCCCUCUCCGCUCAUUUCGCUGUCUCUUGCUGGCCAAUAUGUUAUCCUCACAACUCCAUUCGGCCUGGAGGUGCAGUGGGACGGCAACCAUUACGCCAAGAUCUCGGUUCCUAGUUCCUACUAUGACCAGAUGUGCGGCCUGUGCGGGGACUAUGAUGGAAACCCCAAUAAUGAUUUCACUAAGCCGGAUGGCUCCCAAACGGACAGCUCAAGUCAGUUUGGUGACAGCUGGCAAACUGAUGAGGAUGAGGAUGCAACGUGCAAGCCGGACCCCGGGCCUCAACCACCCUGCGAUCCUGAGCUGGAGGGUGUCGUGUCAAACCCAGAGAACUGUGGAAGAAUAACUGACACAAACGGAGCAUUUAGGGACUGCAUAAAUGUGGUGGACCCCUUGCCUUUCUUCCAGAGUUGUGUGUUUGAUAUGUGCCGUUAUCAGGGACUGCAGCAGGUCCUUUGUGACCAGCUUCAGGCUUACACUGAUGCUUGCCUGAGUGCAGGUGCACCUGUCCAUCAGUGGAGGGAGCCAGACUUCUGCCCUCUGGAAUGCCCUCCAAACAGCCAUUACUCCAUAUGUGUGAGCUCCUGUCCGGAGACAUGUCUGGGUAUCAAUGGACCACCGGGCUGCAGUGAGAAGUGUGUUGAAGGCUGUGAGUGUGACUCUGGCUUUAUCCUCAGUGACAACAAAUGUGUUCCUCUUAAAGACUGUGGCUGUUUGGACUCCUCAGGCUCCUACCAUCCAGUAAAUGAGAGCUGGUAUCUGGAGCGCUGUACACAGAAGUGUACAUGUGAGGGUGGAGGAAUUAUUCACUGUUACAACACCAGCUGUCUUCCUACUGAGAGCUGCCAACUUCAAGAUGGAGACUAUGUCUGCACACCAAGUGUGAAUCCAUCUACACCCCAACCCACUACACCUAGACAAACUACUCCAGAACCAACACCACCAGUGAACUGCCCUCCAGACUCUGAGUACAUUGAUUGCGGCCCAGCAUGUAUUCCUACCUGCACAGAACCCUCCACCAACUGCUCUGGUUCUUGCAUCAGCGGCUGCUUCUGUAAACCAGGAUUUGUUUUCCGUGGCCGACGCUGUGUUCCUAUUGAGCAGUGUGGAUGUCUGGAUGAAGAAAACAAUUACUUUGAGCCUGGUGAGAUCAUAUUUGGAGAUGGCUGUUCCAAGUUGUGUCGCUGUGCUGGCAACUACACUUUCGACUGUGUGGAUAACACCUGUGACCCUGUGACAGAAGAAUGUCGGGAGUUUGGUGGAGUGCACGGCUGCUACCCUAAAGGAACCUCCACCUGUAUUUAAUUGGACAGCAAUGGCCCAUUCGCUGCUUGCCAUCCAAAAGUCAACCCCAAUGGUUUCUUCCAAGACUGUCUGUUUGACGUUUGUGAGCUGGAUGGUGCUCAUUCUGCUUUGUGUGAAGCAAUAGAGUCAUACGUCAAUGAAUGUCAGGACCGUGGAGUUACAAUUGGACUCUGGAGAAACAGCACCUUCUGUCCUCUGAAAUGCCCACCCAACAGUCACUUUGAAUCAUGCGCACCAGUUUGCCAGCCUUCCUGCCGUCCAUUUCCACCAAGUCAGUGCAUCGGGCCUUGUUCUGAAGGAUGUGUUUGUGACCCUGGAUAUAUCCUCAGUGCUGGCCAGUGCGUGAAAGAAGAAACAUGUGGUUGCAGCUAUAAUGGAAAUUAUUAUAAGCCAGGUGAAGAGUUCUACACUAAGGACUGUGAAGUACUGUGUAAGUGCGACCCCCCAUUUGUUUCCUGUAAAGCUGCCGACUGCCCACCAAUGGAACAAUGUGGAGUACAGGGUGGUGUAAUUGGGUGUUAUCCACAAGAAUCUCAAGACUGUAUUAUCUCUGGUGAUCCUCAUUAUAACACUUUCGAUAGCAAAUACUACAGCUACAUGGGCACUUGCACCUACACUCUGGCCCGCACCUGCCAAAACAACACUGGGCCCUGGUUCUCCAUAGAGGGUAAGAAUGAAGAGAGAGGAGUUUCUGGUGUUUCUUACCUGAGGAAACUAUACGUGACUGUUGAUGGCAUCACUGUGACACUGAUGAAAAACAAGAGAACUCUAGUGAAUGGACUCAGGGUGUCUCUUCCUCACUCCCCCUCUCCGCUCAUUUCACUGUCUCUUGCUGGACAAUAUGUUAUCCUCACAACUCCGUUUGGCCUGGAGGUGCAGUGGGACGGCAACCAUUACGCCAAGAUCUCAGUUCCUAGUUCCUACUAUGACCAGAUGUGCGGCCUGUGCGGGGACUACGAUGGAAACCCCAAUAAUGAUUUCACUAAGCCGGAUGGCUCCCAAACGGACAGCUCAAGUCAGUUUGGUGACAGCUGGCAAACUGAUGAGGAUGAGGAUGCAACGUGCAAGCCGGACCCCGGGCCUCAACCACCCUGCGAUCCUGAGCUGGAGGGUGUCGUGUCAAACCCAGAGAACUGUGGAAGAAUAACUGACACAAACGGAGCAUUUAGGGACUGCAUAAAUGUGGUGGACCCCUUGCCUUUCUUCCAGAGUUGUGUGUUUGAUAUGUGCCGUUAUCAGGGACUGCAGCAGGUCCUUUGUGACCAGCUUCAGGCUUACACUGAUGCUUGCCUGAGUGCAGGUGCACCUGUCCAUCAGUGGAGGGAGCCAGACUUCUGCCCUCUGGAAUGCCCUCUAAACAGCCAUUACUCCAUAUGUGUGAGCUCCUGUCCGGAGACAUGUCUGGGUAUCAAUGGACCACCGGGCUGCAGUGAGAAGUGUGUUGAAGGCUGUGAGUGUGACUCUGGCUUUAUCCUCAGUGACAAAAAAUGUGUCCCUGUUAAAGACUGCGGCUGUGUGGACUCCUCAGGCUCCUACCAUCCAGUAAAUGAGAGCUGGUAUCUGGAGGGCUGUACACAGAAGUGUACAUGUGAGGGUGGAGGAAAUAUUCACUGUUACAACACCAGCUGUCUUCCUACUGAGAGCUGCCAACUUCAAGAUGGAGACUAUGGCUGCAAACCACUUGGUACAGGCAUUUGCUCAGUUUCUGGUGACCCUCAUUAUAACACCUUUGAUGAUAAAGUACAUCACUUCAUGGGUGCCUGUUCCUACACUCUCUCUAAGCCCUGUAAUGAGACCUCAGGCUUGCCAUACUUUUCUGUGGAGACACAGAACGAGCACAGAGACAAUAAUAAGAAAGUGUCUUAUGUAAGAUCUGUCAUCAUCAAUGUGCAUGACACAACCAUCAUUUUGGGCAAGGGGCGCAAAGUUCAGGUGAAUGGAGUUCAGGUCACUGUGCCUGUCACACUGUCAAAUGGUGUUAAGAUCUUCCUAAGUGGCAAAUUUGUGGUGCUCGAGACAGACUUCGGAUUGCGUGUCCGUUUUGAUGGAAACCAUCAUGCAGAUGUCACCUUGCCUUCGUCCUACAGUGGACUGUUAUGUGGACUCUGUGGAAAUUAUAAUGGUAAUCCUAAUGAUGACAACAUCAAGUCAGAUGGAACGCCAACAGACAGCACCAAUGAGCUCGGAGAAAGCUGGCAGGUUCCUGACGACAGACCAGAUUGUACUCAUGGUGGAGGAGACAUUGAAUGUGAUGACAAGAUCGAGAGUGAAGCACAGAAACCUACUAGCUGUGGCAUGAUCACCGACCCCAUUGGAAUCUUCAAGCCAUGUCAUGAAGUGGUGCCUCCCAAUCCUUACUUUGAGAACUGUGUGUUUGAUCAGUGUGGCACUGGUGGUGCCACAGUGGCACUGUGCCAAGCUAUUCAAAGCUAUGCUGACCUGUGCGCUCAAGCUGGGGUGCCAAUUAACUGGAGGAAUAACACCUUCUGCCCUAUUAAAUGUACGGUUGGUAGUCACUAUGAGCCGUGUGGUUCAGCCUGUCCAGCCAGUUGUCAGGACCCUGGAUCUGAAGGCACCUGCUUUGAGCCCUGUGUUGAGGGAUGUGUGUGUGACCCUGGUUUUGUCCUCAGUGGGGACAAGUGUGUGCCCUUCAGCGAGUGUGGUUGCACUGACAAAGACAACAACUAUAGGCCUGUUGGAGACAGCUGGUUCACGAAGGAUGAUUGCACAGAGCGCUGUGUUUGUUCACCUUUCAAUACAGUGACAUGCGAGGCAUGGCAAUGUGGUCCCGCUCAGGAAUGUAAGGUCAAUGAUGGUGAACUAGGCUGUGUGAACACAGGAGUGGGCAUUUGUCACAUUGCUGGUGAUCCUCACUACUACACUUUUGAUGGCAUCAUGCACACCUACAUGGGUACCUGCACUUACACGUUGGUGGCGAUAUGCGACACCUCUAUGGUGACACCCUUCACCAUUGUGGCCAAAAACGAAGAGCGCGGCCAACCAGAAGCUUCGUAUGUUCGCUCUGUGACCGUCUACCUGCCCACUGCCAACAUCACCAUCAGCAAGAAUGGAAGAGUACUGGUGAAUGAACGCAGGAUAAAGACCCCCUAUGACAUCAGUUCAGCCAAGGCGCGGGUGUUCACCAGUGGAGUAAACACCGUACUGGACACUGACUUCGGCCUGAUUGUGAAGUUUGAUGGAGUGCACCAUAUUGAAAUCACAGUACCUGGAGACUAUUUCAACAAGGUAUGUGGAAUGUGUGGUAACUACAACGGAGAUUCCUCUGAUGACAACUUGAUGCCUGAUGGCAAACCAGCCAACAAUGUCACUGAACUUGGUAACAGCUGGAAGGCAGAGGGAGACAGUGAUCCUGGGUGCAAACCUGAUGAACGACCUGAUGACAAACCCAACUGCGACAAGAAAGAGGAAGAAAUCUAUAAGUCACAGUGUGCGGCGUCUAUCUUAUCUGAUCUCUUCAAGCCCUGUCACUCUCUCAUUCCUCCAGAAUCUUUCCUGGGGAACUGCAUCUAUGACAUGUGCGAGUAUGAUGGCAUGCAGUCGACUCAGUGCGAUAACAUUGAAGCUUAUGCCCAGGCCUGUCAUAGCGCUGGAGUCACGAUCAGCUGGAGAAACAGCACCUUCUGUCCUCUCCCGUGCCCACCAAACAGUCAUUAUUCUGAGUGCACAGCACCAUGUCCUCCUACUUGUGCCGAUCUCUUCCCCGUAUUCUGCCCAUUACCACCUAAUAGUUGUGUCGAAGGCUGCCAGUGCAAUGGAGGUUUUGUGCUAAGUGAUGGCAAGUGUGUUCCCCUCUCAAGCUGUGGAUGUGUUGACAGCAAUGGAGAGUAUCAUGAUGUGGGAGAUUCAUGGAUAACUGACCACUGCGAACAGAGGUGCAGCUGCAGCCUUGGAGGAGUGCUGUCCUGCACGUCCUUUGAAUGCAAUGACAACUCGAUCUGCGAUCUUGACGGCAAUGGAGACCGUUACUGCAAACCUGAGAAAUUUGAUGACUGCAAUAUUGCUGGGGACCCUCACUAUCGUACCUUUGACACAUACAAUCACCACUACCAGGGAGCGUAUACCUAUGUAUUAACUCAGAGCACCACUCUGCCCAGCUCCCUCACCCCGUUCACAGUCCGCGGCAAAAACCAGCGGCAGGGAGGCAUCAGCCGGGUGUCACUCCUGCGCGAGGUCUAUGUGGACGUAUACGGCAUUACUGUUCGCAUGCAGCAGAAGAAGAAAGUGCUGGUCGAUGGAGAGAAAGUUGGUCUACCGUUCAGUCCUGUACGUGGAGUUAACAUAAAAACAAAGUCUCGCUAUGUGAUGCUCACAACUGACUUUGGCCUUUCUGUGCGCUUUGAUGGCAAUGCUCAAGCAGUGGUGACUCUACCAAGUGUAUACAGAUCCCGUGUGCUCGGUCUGUGUGGUAAUUAUGAUGGAAACAACCGUAACGAGUACACAAAACCAGACGGCACAGUUACCCGCAACCUCAAUGAGUUUGGAGACAGCUGGAGAGUGACUGACAGACAGGCGGGUCUUCGUACCACAUCUCUACCAAAGAUGGUGCACCUACACAAGCGUGAAGUGGAGGCCGACCCAGAUUCAGGGUUUGAUACGACAGGCUGCACAGAUGCUCUGCUGGAGGAGCUGAACGGGAAUAAAAUGUGUGGGGCUCUCAGCGACCCUGCUGGUCCUUUCACUCCCUGUCAUGCUGUGAUCGCUCCGGAUGUCUUCCAGGAGGAUUGUGUGUUUGAUUUAUGCGCUGAGCAGGGCAGUGAAGAGCUGCGCUGUGAAAAUUACGCCGUCUACGCUCGGGCUUGCCAAGAUCUGGGUGUCACACUAGGGCUGUGGAGACAAGAACUGAAUUGCGGUCUGCAGUGUGGGCCCAACAGCACUUACUCCCCCUGUAUGACUCCAUGCCCGGCAUCCUGCGCAGACCUGGCGGCUCCCUCUGAGUGUGAGCAAACACAGUGUGUGGAGGGAUGUCAGUGCACCUCCGGCUUUGUCGUGAGCGACCAAGACUGUGUGCCUUACAGCGAGUGUGGAUGCACUUACCUCGAUCGCUACUAUCAGCUGAAGGAGACAUUUGUGACAGAGGAUUGUUCACAGAGUUGUGAAUGUACUACCACUGGCGCUGUGUGUCAAACAAAGGGCUGUGGAGACAACGAGAUCUGCACUGUGUAUGACACCAAACGUGACUGUUAUAAAUCGAGUCCAUGUUUGAGCUCGCCCUGUCAGAAUGACGGUACCUGUGUGGAUAAACCAGAUGGUUCUGGUUAUACCUGCACUUGCACUGAAGGUUUUGAGGGCACAAACUGUGAGGUCUUUAAAAUCCCUUCCGAGGGAGGCCUGGAUCAAACAGCUAUUAUCUUGAUCGGAGUCCUCGUGCCGCUUGGCGUCAUCCUCAUAGUCACAGCAACUGUGUGCAUUUACAAGAAGUGCAGCCGCAAAAAAAUGAGUUACGAUUCAAAUAAGCAAUUUGAGCUGAACAAAAAGACAGAUCAUCCUUAUGAAACUCUAGAUGAGGGUAAGAAGCAGGGAACAGACAACAGUGUGCUGAAGGCUACUACAUUCUGAAGCAAAACCUCCAUUUUUUGACAAUGAUUUGCUGACGAGAUUUUGCUUAUAUUUAUUCAUUUUAAACGUCUUUGUGGAAUAUGUGAACUAACUGGCAAAACCUCUGUUAAUAUUUUACAUUUUUCAACUUUUCAG